CGCGUGCGCAGGGCGUAGCCUUGCCCGGCGCGCCCGGUCCCGAUCCUUUUCUCCGUCCUUCGUCUGCGGACCGAGGGCAGCGGCGGCGGCCGCUCGGAUCGGUCGGCGAGGCUCACGCGAGCGAAGCGCACCGCGGAAGGGGUGAAGGACGCGGGGCAUGGCAGAGAACCGAGAACCCCGCGGCGCCGUCGAGGCUGAGCUGGACCCCGUGGAGUACACCCUUCGGAAGCGACUUCCCCACCGCUUGCCGCGGAGGCCCAACGACAUCUACGUCAACAUGAAGACGGACUUUAAGGCCCAGCUCGCCCGCUGCCAGAAGCUGCUGGACGGAGGCGCCAGGGGGCAGAACGCGUGCCCUGAAAUCUACAUCCACGGCUUGGGCCUGGCCAUCAACCGGGCCAUCAACAUCGCCCUGCAGCUGCAGGCGGGCAGCUUCGGGUCCCUGCAGGUGGCCGCCAAUACCUCCACCGUGGAGCUGGUGGACGAGCUGGAGCCGGAGACGGACUCUCGAGAGCCGCUGACGAGGAUCAGGAACAACUCGGCCAUCCACAUCCGAGUCUUCAGGGUCACGCCCAAGUAACCCAAGGGAAGGUGACUCGGACCCACCAAGGCUUUUGAGCACACAACAUCCAUGCGGCUGGGGUUUCUAGUGGUUCAUAGUGGCUCUCGUUCUGAGUUCUGUCCUGAGCCUCUUGUCACCUCGUUACCCCAGCCUAGAGGACUGAGAAUGGAGAGCCCGAGAUGUCAGUCUUCCUUGUCCCGUAUAAUAAAAUAUUAAAGUUGUGUUGG